CUUGGUCCCAUCUCAGUUCUUCUCUCUAUAUCUAUCCCCACAUUUCAUUGCAUUGAUUCUCUUACAAAACACCAUCUCUCAGUCGUUAUUUCUCUCUCCCCUCUAUGUCUAAAAUGUUUAGCAGAGUUGCAAUGACCAACUAUGUUGUUGUUCUUAUUUUUUCCUUAACAUUCUUAGAACAUGGAUUAUUGUUUCAAAGGGUGACCUCUCUUGGCAUAAACUACGGUCAAGUCGGUGACAACCUUCCUCCACCAGACAAAGUUAUACAACUCUUGGGCUCACUCCAUAUCAACAAGACAAGAAUAUACGACACAAACCCUAAAGUCUUAACCUCAUUCGCCAAUUCCAACAUUGAGAUCUUCGUCACCGUCGAAAAUCAAAUUCUUCCCAGCUUAGUCGACCCUCAACAAGCUCUCCAAUGGGUCACGUCCCGUAUCAAACCCUACUUUCCGGCCACCAAGAUCGGCGGCAUUGCUGUCGGCAACGAACUAUACACCGAUGACGACUCGAGCCUCAUAGAAUAUCUUGUGCCUGCAAUGAUGAGCAUUCAUGCUGCUCUCGUCCAAACCGGUCUAGACAAGUACAUUCAGGUCUCGACUCCGAACUCACUAUCAGUGCUUCAAGAAUCUUACCCUCCCUCCGCCGGAUGUUUCAGACCGCAAGUCGCCGGCGUAAUGACGCAGCUUCUAAGUUUCUUGCAUAGCACGAAAUCCCCUUUUUGGAUCAACGCUUACCCUUACUUCGCUUACAAGGAUUCCCCAACAAAGAUCCCACUAGAUUACGUACUCUUCAACCCUAACCCUGGAAUGGUUGACCCCUACACCAAGUAUCAUUACGACAACAUGCUCUAUGCUCAAGUAGACGCUGUGAUCUUCGCCAUGGCAAGGCUUGGCUUUGAAGAUAUAGAGGUUGGGGUCUCAGAGACUGGUUGGCCAUCUAAAGGCGAUGGAGAUGAGGUUGGAGCCACCGUGGCCAACGCAGCAGUUUAUAACAAGAAUCUUCUAAAGAGACAACUUCAGAGUGAAGGAACGCCAUUGAGAAAAAACAUGAGACUUGAUGUUUAUCUCUUUGCUCUAUUUAAUGAAGACCUUAAACCAGGACCAACCUCUGAGAGAAACUAUGGAUUGUAUCAGCCUGAUGAGACCAUGGCUUACAAUGUAGGUUUAUUAUCAUCAUCACAAUCAUCUACUUCUUCAACUAAUUCUAUUGUUUCCCUCACUUCUUCUGCCGCUACGGAUAUAAAGAGGGGACAUCAACGGUUAAUAUAUUUUAUAUGCGUUUACUUGAUGGCCAUUCAUAUGCUAAUUAGAAGACGGGACUAGAAGCAGAAACAAAUUACCGAGAGAAACUCUACGUGUAUAUAGAGAGGGUCCACUAAUGCGGUUCUAUUUUCAACUAGAAGAAUUAUAUUAUUUCAAGUGUCUCAGAUGAAUCUUUAAAGAAACAAAACAAUCAAAAAUGUGUUCCGACUGAUUAAUUAAGUAUCUUGAGAAGGGGAUGCAGUACUGCAAAGCAAAUCCAGUGCAUAAAGAGAAAGUGACCCUUCAUAACCAUUCGAAUUAUGUCCAUAUAAAAUAAGAAAGUCUAACGUGACCAUCAAAUGUAUUGUUUAACAUACUCGUACAAAUAAAAAGAGGAUACCAUGUAUUUA